UGUAGAACAAGCUUGGGAUACAGAAGCAGCACCAGUAGGCGUCAAAUUAGUGGGGAAGAACACACCUAAUCCCCCUUUUAUGAAAAUUAGGUUAAUUAACUUAGAAAACAAAAUCCAGUGAAAAGUUUCCAGUUCUCUCCGUCGCAGUUUAACACCGACCAGUUUGGAUUGGCUUUUGGUUGUCUCUCGUUCUAUCUUCACGUUGCAUGGCAAGUUCACCAGUUCAAGCAAAAUUCAUAGCGAGGGAAUUUUUGGAGGGUCAAGUUUGUUAGUGCCCUUUGCAAAUCGCCGCGUAUUCACCGACUCAUUUGCUGAUCCCACCACCUCCCCCGAAUAGGUGGAUUCGGAGCCUGAAUCUCUGGUGUUGGCCGGAUUGGAGUUUUAGUUGGGCUAUGGCGGAUUGCUGCCCGUCUCCACUGGUUUGAGGUCAUGGCGCUGUGCCAUCUCGGUGUUCGUUUUCCUCCUCAAAUCUGCUUUGCGGCUGCUCUGCCUCGUGUGAGUCGCUACUCAACUAUCUCUGGUAGUUCUGCGUCCUUGACUUGGAGUUUUGAAAGUUUUUGCGGCGUGUCGCGAAGUACUCCUCACCGUGAAUUUGGACGAAAACGGGUGGGAGGAUUGAGCAAAGUGAGGCAGGCCGUUGUGCGAGCGGGAAUGCUGGAAGACGUUGCGAACACGAAGAUUCCUACUACUAGUGGUGAUAGGGAGAUUCUGGCAUUUGUGGCGAAGCCAUCGAAGGUCAAUGGAAAGCUUCCUGUGGUGAUCCUUGUGCACGAAUUCUAUGGCUUGACUCCUGAAAUUUGCGGGAAGGCGGAUGCAAUAGCCAAGGAGGUGGGAUGCAUAGUUAUAGCUCCCGAUACCUACAGGGGAGAAAGCACCAGAUUCAUUCCCAAAGCCAUAUACUUGGCUCUUGGUACGCCCCAGAAGCGUGUUGAUGCCGACAUUGAUGAGGUUCUGGCUUGGGCUUCAACAUUAUCAGAUGCUGACACUAGCCGGGUCGGCCUCGUAGGAUUUUGCUACGGAGGUGGCAAGGCGUUGGCAUAUAGUACCAAGUACAAAGAAGCAAAAGCAACCGUUGUUAUCUAUGGCAAACCUAUUCUGGACAGUGACUUGCUAAAAAACAUCUACGGCUGUGUCCUUGGCAUAUUUGGUGAUCAAGACUCCCAAUUCCCUGCGAGUAUGGUGACGAGCUUUCGAGAGGCAUUGGACAAAGCUGAAGUGCAAAACACAAUUAGCAUAUACAAAGACCAGGGUCAUGCUUUUUGGACCAACAUGGAUCAGGUUCUCUCAGAUGGACCCCAAAGAAAAGCUUGGAUUGAAGUUACUAGUUUCCUGAAAGACACGCUACUUGUUGAAGAUAAGCAUUUAAAUGACUCUGCGAAGGAAGCUGAGGAGACGUGCACUGAGGGCAGAAUCAGCAAUUUGAAGCCUAGUGACGGGGUGGUGAUAGUAGAUCACGGAUCUCGCCGUGCUCAGUCAAAUGAGAUGCUGCAUUUAUUUGUAGAUCUUUACAAGCAGAAAACAGGGCACCCCAUAGUUGAGGCUGCUCACAUGGAACUGGCAGAACCAUCUAUCUCGCAUGCGUUUGAUCGAUGUGUGGAGCAAGGUGCGGAACGUGUCAUCAUCUGCCCCUAUUUCUUUUUUCCAGGUCGCCACUGGGACAGAGAUAUUCCGGCACUGUCGGCCAAGGCAGCUGAGAAACACGUCGACGUCCCUUACGUUGUAACUGCGCCUAUCGGACUUCACGAACUUAUGGUCCAGGUACUCGUAGAUCGAAUGGAAUAUUGUUUGAGCCGAGUAGCUGGGAAUGUUGAAGAGUGUGAUAUGUGCAGGGGAACUGGGCGGUGCCAACAACUUGCCGCAAAUUUAAGUCAGACAACUACAAGUUCUGCCGGUGCUUGAGAUCAGUAGCACUUGUCAAGCUCUUACUCUGGGACUAGAUUUAACUUGUGUCUAAAUUUUGCCCUCCUAAUCAUGACAAACCAAGAGCUUCAAUACAGAGCUUGACAGUUUCGUUACAGAAUUUCUUGUGGCGUAGCGCCAGGCUUUGGUCGUGUUGAAUCAUUGUAACGAAGUGGUUUUCGUACAGUACCAGCACAGAUCUUAGCACAAGUCAGGGUAGUUGAUGUAUGGAUACACGUGGGGACUUGGCACAGUUGCUUUAUAUGCAACUUCCUCACCUUCCUGAGAUUUCGUUAACUUCAAAAUCAAAAAAAAUUCCCGGCUACAAAACAUUUGGGCUUCUGAAAAA